GUGGUGGUGGUGGCUGGGUGUCAGACGGUGGGGGAAGCAGGUCUCCUCCGUAAAUCAAAUCCGUACCCCCCGCCAUCAUAAAUUGCAGAAAUUACAGAGGAAAGAUGUCCGCCCAACUCCCCCAACCAUCGCCUCGGUCGACCAUUAGCGACCACACAUGCCUCUGUCGUCCCUCGCAGUUCACCCCGCCGUCCCGGUCGCCCUCCGUGGUCGCGGCAGCGGUCGGAUCUGGAGUUGCUUUGGCCCUUCAUCCUUCUCCCCGUACGAUGACCUCCGAUGGCGCAGGAGGGUCGCCGCCGCCGCCGACGCUGCAAGAACCGUGGCGCCCGUCGCGGCCCUCGCAGCCGUUGAGGCGGUCGACCGCGGAGACGCCAUGGACAGGGUGGCGUCGCUAAGUCAGGUCGCGGCCGUGCUCGGCACGCAGUGGGGCGACGAGGGUAAAGGGAAGCUAGUGGAUAUCCUCGCUAAGAGCUUUGAUGUCGUUGCGCGGUGCCAGGGUGGUGCAAAUGCUGGGCAUACCAUUUACAACGCUGAGGGUAAAAAAUUUGUAUUCCAACUUGUUCCUUCAGGAAUUUUGAAUGAGGAGACUCUGUGUGUAAUUGGUAAUGGAGUUGUUGUGCAUCUUCCUGGAUUAUUUAAAGAAAUUGAGGGUCUGGAAUCCAAUGGAGUUUCCUGCAAUGGAAGAAUAUUGGUGUCUGAUCGUGCCCAUUUAUUGUUUGAUUUUCACCAAGUUGUAGACGGACUGAGAGAAGCAGAGCUUGUAAAUUCCCUCAUUGGAACAACAAAACGAGGGAUUGGCCCAUGCUAUUCAAGCAAGGUUAUUCGGAAUGGUAUAAAGGUCUGUGACCUGAGGCGCAUGGAUACUUUUGGCCAGAAGCUUGACAUUUUAUUGAGGGAUGCUGCAUCCAGAUUUGAAGGAUUCGAAUAUACUGCUGACAUCCUUAACAAGGAGGUUGAGAGGUACAAGAGAUUUGCAGAGAGGUUAGAACCACUUAUUGCUGACACUGUUCAAGUAAUAAAUGAUUCAAUCUUGCAAAAGAAGAAAAUACUUGUUGAAGGCAGUCAAGCAACCAUGCUGGAUAUUGAUUUUGGGACUUACCCAUUCGUGACAUCCUCAAACCCUUCAGCUGGUGGAAUUUGCACAGGACUAGGGAUAGCUCCAAAGAAUCUGGGUGACCUUAUUGGUGUUGUGAAAGCUUACACUACUAGGAUUGGUUGUGGUCCUUUUCCAACUGAAAUUCUGGGUAAAGAUGGUGACCUUCUUAGAGUUGCUGGGAUGGAGUUUGGAGCAACAAGUGGUCAUCCUCGCCGCUGUGGCUGGCUUGAUAUAGUUGCAUUAAACUAUUCUUGCCAGAUAAAUGGCUUUUCGUCUCUCAAUCUCUCCAAGCUUGACGUGCUAUCUGAGUUUCCAGAAAUCAAGCUUGGUAUUUCCUAUAGGCAAACAGAUGGCAAAAAGCUUACAUCAUUCCCUGCAGAUCUUUGUCUUCUUGAGCAAGCACAGGUUGAUUAUGAAGUGCUGCCUGGGUGGAACACUGAUAUUUCAUCUAUCCGAAAUUACAAUGACCUUCCCUUAGCUGCUCGUCGGUAUGUUGAGCGGAUAGAACAGCUUGUCGGUGUUCCCAUUCAUUUCAUCGGUAUCGGACCAGGACGUGAUGCCAUCAUUUGCAAAUGACUUGAAUCUAGCUACUACUUGCUGCUGCUUCUUCUAAAGCAUAUAGCAGCAUCUCAUCGAUGAGUCUUUUCUUGUACGCUGGAGGUGCUAAUCAGUUUGGAUCUUAAACCCAAAAACAGGAGGUCAGGUUAUGUAAUCCACAAUUGGUGUGAUUAUGCAUUUUUAAUUUAAGCUCCAGCUAUUUACUUUAUUUGAUAAAAUGCUAGUAGGUGCUUGAAAGCUUAAUAAUCUAAGCCUGAUCGAGGAGAUUUAAGUUGUCUGGAAUGCUUGGUCAUCUACUUUUACUUGAAAAAGAGAAUGUUCACCUAUUAUUAUAAACAAGACAGACAUUGAUGGAUA